AUGGCGACCUUUCUCGACAAUUCCUACAGCCUGGUGCAUUUGGACAACACCGCGGACCAGCCUAGUCAGCAGGAUCUGAAGACGCAGCUGGAGAAGGGCACAGAUGAGACUAAGCUGGACACAAUGCGGAGGAUCUUAACCGUAAUGCUGAAUGGCGAUCCUAUGCCCAACCUAUUGAUGCACAUCAUUCGCUUUGUGAUGCCCUCCAAGAGCAAGCCCCUGAAGAAAUUACUCUAUUUCUACUACGAGAUAUGCCCCAAGUUGGACGUCAACGGAAAGUUGAAGCAGGAGAUGAUCUUGGUGUGCAACGGAAUUCGGAAUGAUCUUCAGCAUCCCAAUGAGUUCGUCCGAGGAAACACUCUGCGGUUCCUGUCAAAACUUCGGGAACCUGAACUGAUCGAGCCUCUCCUCUCCGCUGCUCAAACAUGCCUUGACCACAGACAUGCCUAUGUGAGAAAGAACGCUGUCUGGGCGUUGGCUUCGGUCUACCAGCAUGCUCAGCACCUUAUUCCGGACGCUCCAGAGAUGCUUCACGUGUUCCUCGCCGGCGAAAGCGACACGACAUGCAAAAGAAACGCAUUUGCUGCGCUGAUGACCAUCAGUCAUGACAAAGCCUUGGAAUAUCUCACUGGUGUCUUGGAUGGAAUCCCCAACGCCGAUGAAUUGUUGCAACUGGUUGAGCUUGAAUUCAUCCGAAAAGAUGCGGUUCAAAAUCAGGCCAACAAGGCACGGUAUCUGCGAUUAAUCUUCGAUUUGCUGGAAGCCAAUACGAGUACGGUGAUCUACGAAGCAGCUACUUCUCUCACAUCCCUCACCAGCAACCCAGUGGCGGUGAAAGCAGCGGCCGGGAAAUUGAUUGAACUUAGCAUCAAAGAGGCGGACAACAACGUCAAGCUUAUCGUCCUUGAUCGGGUCGACCAACUACGAAGGCGGAACGGAGGUGUUCUUGACGAUCUGACCAUGGAAAUACUACGUGUCUUGUCUAGCCCCGAUCUUGACGUCCGACGAAAGGCCCUCGGCAUUGCACUGGAGAUGGUUUCGAGCAAAAACGUACAAGAAAUAGUCAUGCUCUUGAAGAAAGAGCUCAGUAAGACCGUGGUGGAACAGUAUGAGAAGAACUCGGAAUACCGACAACUUUUGAUUCAGUCUAUCCAUCAAUGCGCCAUCAAAUUCUCGGAAAUCGCCGCCAGCGUCGUCGAUGUCUUGAUGGACUUUAUUGUCGACUUCAACAACAGCUCGGCCGUGGAUGUUAUUUCAUUUGUCAAGGAAGUGGUGGAGAAAUUCCCCAAACUGAGAUCGUCGAUCGUGGAAAGAUUGGUGUCCACUUUGGGCGAAGUUCGAGCUGGAAAGGUAUAUCGUGGAUCCUUAUGGGUGAUUGGCGAAUACUCUUUGCAAGAGAACGACAUCAAGGAAGCCUGGAAGCGAAUCCGGGCAAGUCUUGGAGAGAUACCCAUCUUGGCUUCUGAACAACGAUUGCUGGAUGAACAGUCCAGGGAAGAUGGUGAACCAAAGGAGCAGGUCAAUGGUCAUGCAGCAGCUAAACCAGUCUCUAGUGGAUCACGAAAAAUUCUUGCUGAUGGGACGUACGCGACUGAGACGGCUCUGACCAGCGAUUCGGCGGCAAAAGCCCGAUUGGAGGCGGUCAAAGCAGCCCAGAAACCACCUUUGAGACAACUGAUCUUGGAUGGUGAUUAUUAUUUGGCCACGGUGCUCUCGUCCACACUGACCAAACUUGUCAUGCGACAUUCAGAAAUUUCCCCUGACCAGGCCCGAACCAAUGCUCUCCGCGCCGAAGCGAUGCUGAUCAUGAUUUCAAUUAUUCGGGUCGGACAAUCGGAUUUUGUAAAGGCACACAUUGACGAAGAUUCGGUUGACCGUAUCAUGUCCUGCGUGCGAGCAUUGGCAGAGUUCACGGAGCGGAAAGAGCUCGAGACGUCAUUCUUGGACGACACUCGAAAAGCAUUCAGAGCAAUGGUCCAGGCCGAAGAAAAGAAGCGUGCUGCUAAAGAAGCGGUCGAGAAAGCUAAGACGGCCGUCCAGGUGGACGAUGUCCUCUCGAUACGCCAAUUGGCGAAGAAAAGCGCCGGUGAUGGAACAGACGAGAUGGAGCUCGACUUGGAGAAAGCCACUGGAGGCGACACAUCUUUCGAGGAUCUUUCGUCGAAGCUCAGUCGUGUGGUGCAACUUACAGGGUUCUCAGAUCCCGUAUAUGCUGAGGCCUAUGUCAAGGUGCACCAGUUUGACAUUAUCCUGGACGUGCUGCUGGUGAACCAGACACACGAGACCCUUCAGAAUCUUUCUGUCGAGUUUGCGACGUUGGGCGACCUCAAAGUGGUAGAAAGGCCAACCACGCACAAUUUGGGACCGCAAGAUUUCCUCAACGUGCAAUCAACAAUCAAAGUAUCCAGUACCGAUACCGGUGUUAUUUUCGGCAAUGUUGUCUACGACUCACCGUCGGGAACUGAUACUCAUGUCGUGAUUCUGAACGAUGUCCAUGCAGAUAUCAUGGAUUAUAUUCAACCGGCGACUUGUUCCGAAUCAGCAUUCAGAACCAUGUGGACGGAAUUCGAAUGGGAGAACAAGGUUAAUAUCAACAGCACGGCGACGACCAAGACAUUACGGGAAUUCUUGGAUCGAUUAAUGAAGAGUACCAACAUGACUUGCCUGACGCCCGAUGCAGGAUUGAGGGGUGACUGUCAGUUCUUGAGUGCGAAUCUAUAUGCACGGAGUGUUUUUGGCGAGGAUGCAUUGGCCAAUCUUAGCGUCGAAAAGACGGCGGACAACUCGAUUGUAGGAUUCAUCCGGAUCCGGUCACGUUCACAAGGGCUGGCAUUGACCCAUCCCAUCUCGCACGCUCCGUCGCGUCUUCGCGACUUGUCUUCGUGCUCCAACCCCGAGAGCAUGGCUCCGUGGCUGCGGCUUGCAGCUCUCCCUUCGUCUCUUCUGGCUCUCAUCACCAACGCUGCGUUGCCGGUGUCGUCCCAGAAUCUGAACUGGCCGUACAAUCUUCCACCCGACUCGAAAUACCAUCCCGAAGAUGAAAUGCUGAUCAAGCGAGACAUUGACAUUCAGCAGAAGCUACAAAGGAAGCCCCUGGCUGGCGUGCGAAAAAUGAGCGGAGACCCCGGGGAAAAAUUCUAUCUGGACUACUGGAUCUUUGGGGAAGAGGAGGAGUUGAAUAGUUCCAUGAAUUCGGGCAAUGCAUCCUUGUUCAUCGCCUUGGACCAGCCUCUCCGAGGACAUACUCACCAACCAAGUCCGCGCCGGUUUGCUCGGUUCGUGAGAUUACCGGGUUGGCAUUUGUUUGAAAAGCGGGAUUUCCAAUGUCCCUCCGGCACGACGGCCUGCACCUCCAUCGACAGGCCCAACAGUUGUUGCUCAACUGGCUCCACAUGUCAAUUAGUACAGGAUACCGGAAUGGGUGAUGUCGGAUGUUGUCCGGACGGCCAGGUCUGUACGGACUCGCUUUCCACAUGCGAUUCAGGGUUUACUUCCUGCCCCGACGAUGGGGGCGGCUGUUGUCUUCCAGGGUACGCAUGCUUCGACGUCGGCUGCGUGCAAACGUCUACUGCUACUAUCUUGACCAAUCCGACACCCUCAACGACGACCGUCACGUCGUACACGACAAUAACACCCUCUAUCUCGACUCCCUCAUCCACGUCAAUCACUACGUCAGCAUCAACACCGAUCCCUUCUACUCUACCACCCGAGAUCUCCACUGUCACCAGAACCGUCACCGUCACUUCCUCAGCCCCGAGCAGCUCGACAUGCUCAUCGGGCUACCGGUCAUGCCCAGCCUCGCUCGGUGGAGGCUGCUGUCCAACGGAUCGCGAAUGUGGCUCCGCCAACUGUCCAGAAUCAACCUCCGCCACCCCGAUACCACCGGUUCGUCCAACAAGCUUGACCACGACGGUAGAGACCACCACCGCGCCUGCACCGACCACAAGCUCCAGCUCAACAUCCGUCAGCGGCUGCCCGACCGGUUUCUACGCUUGUAGCGCCUACUAUGUAGGCGGCUGCUGCCAAAUCGGACGGGACUGUGCGUCGACAUCCUGUCCCACCAGCGCCAGCACCACGCUCGUCGACUCCGGGACCCUCACGAUUGUGGCGCCCACGGGCAGCGGCAUCACCGCUCCCGGCACAUUGUUGACCGGCGCCUGUGCUCAAGGCUGGUCGACUUGCGCACCGGAUCUCGGCGGCGGCUGCUGUCCCUCUGGAUACCAGUGCGGCGUUGCCAGUUGCGCGGCGAGUGUCACGGGUGGUUCGAACGUAGGGAAAAUGCCUCCGAAUUCAGCGAGGAGAAGAUUCAACGUUGAGUCUUGGUUUUUGAUUCUUCUUCCGUGUUGUUUGGCCGGUUUGCUUUUGGGCUGUGUUGUAUUGUAA